AUGGCCCAGGGCUUCCGAAUGGCAGCCAGAAAAGGCCUGCGCUCGAGUCGAGUCCAGAAGGCGUCCGCGCCGAGCGGUGCCCAGAACGGGCCGGAGAGAGUCCCGGCUGGCCUGGCCUGGGCUGGGGGAGGCCUCCGCGGGGAGCGGCCGCGGGGGAACGCGGGGAGCGCGUGCCGAGGAGCUCCGCCCCGGGCGCCCUCCCUCCCCCCGGGGCGCGAGGCUGGGGCGCGCCAGGCGGCUGCGGCGCGAACCUGCUGGCGCAAACUCGAGCGGCUCGGCUCGGGGCAGCCGAGCGUGAAGCCGGGGCCGGGGCCGGCCGGGGCCGAGGGGCGGGGACCGAGCUGGCGUCUGCCCGCCCGCCCGGAGCAGGGAAGUGCACGCGCUGCGCCCCCGCGGCCGACCCGGGUUCGGGAACUCGGGGACCGGACCCCGCUCGGACUUCGGGGGCGGGACCGCAAGGGGCUGGGCGGUGCCAACUCCCGGCGCAAGGGGAAGGGGGCGUGCUUUCCGGGAUGCGGGACCGAGGGGGUGGGGGGCAGAUGGCCGGGAGCCCAGGGGGCAGAAGGACGGGCGCGCGGAGGGGGAGCUCUAGGCUUGGGGUUCCCAGAGGUCGCGCAAUACUGCAAAGGGGAGCAAAAGACUGAGCCCGGGGACCCGGGGGAGCCACGCGGGGAGAGGCAGGGGCGGGAAGGGAGGGAGGGAGGGAGGGCGCUGGCACCCGCCCCCACCGGCCGCCCAGCCCCGGGGCGUGGCGCCGCGCCGGCCCGCCCACUCCCGGGACCCUCAGGCCGGGCCUGGCCGGGCGGGACUCGGCCCCCGCACACCUCCCGGGCCUCGGGCGCCCUCCCCGUGCCGCCCGCCGCAGCCGCCUCCCGCGGAGAAGGAGGAGGCGCAGGGCCCGCACGUCCCUCAAACUUGCUGCGAGUUCACUCCCACGACUCCCGCCCUGGGCUCCCCGCUCCCGAGCCGGGAAGGCCCGUGCCCGCCCCGGCCCCUCCCGCCUGGUUACAUAAGGUCGCCGAGAAGCCGCCCCCGGCCCGGCCCGGCCCGGCCCGCAUGAGGGGCCGGAGCGGCUCCCGGGCUCCGCGGGCGGCGCCGCCCUGGCCCUGCGCCGAGCCCCGGGGCUGGACGGACGGCGGCGCGGGUGGCGGCGCGGCACACGCACUCCGCGGCCCGGCUGCAGCCCGCGCCCCCUCCACCCACCUGGCUCCCGCACCCGCGGCGGCGGGGGGGGCCGGGUCCGGCGCCCCGGGCCCUCCGAGCACCCCCUGCCCGCGGCCCCUCUCACCUAGCUCUGAAGGUCAGUCCGUCCGCCGCCUGUCCCCCGCGGCUCUGGCAACUUGUCCCAAGUUCAGGUGUCCGGCCGCGAGCUGCGCCCGCCGCCCCCUCCCGGACCCCUCCGGCUGCGCGCCCCUGAGGAGGCCCGCGCCGUCCGCCCUGCCCGCUGCCGUCGGCGCCGCUGCCGCCGCUCGCUGGGUCCAGCCCGCGGCCGCCGCCUCCGCUGUCACCGAGCCCCGCGCCCGGCGCCGGGCUCCCGCUGUCAAUCCGCGCCCACUUCCCGCCGCGCCCGGCAGAGGGCAGCACACGCCCCCCACGGUCCGCCCCGCCCCGCCCCGCCCCGCCCCGCCCCGCCCCGCCCUGCUCCGCCCCUCGGGGCCUGCCGCGGCGCCCGCGGGGAAAUGUAGUCCCUCCCGGCGGCUCUGCCGGGAACGCUGGGAUUUGUAG